CUCCCAACAUGGCUGUCAAUCCCGCUUCUACGCCCGCCAACAUGGCCUUUGACGCGCAAACCGAGCCCUACAUCAACAUCAACAGCGACAUCCAUUCCUCCCAACCCACCAUACACGUCACCAAACGCCACGACCGCAGCACCCUGAUGAUGCUCCUGCAAUUGCUCAUCAAACCCUUUGCCGCGCAAUUAGUCUCCAACGAUACCGUCUUCCCCGCCGGCUCUCCCCAACUCACCCCGCACAAACGCGCGACGAAACGUUGUCGGGUGCAAGAGAGAAAAGUCGAAGAGAUUUAUUUGUAUGAUAUUGUGCCGACGGUGGGGAAGAAGUCGAAGUUGGGGGUCGCGCAGAAGCGGAUGCCUGGUGAGACGACCACUGAACCUGCUGCUGCUGCUGCUGGUGGAAUCAAGGAGGAGGAGGAGAAGAAGAAGAAGAGACGGGUGUACUAUUACUCUGGUGGAGGAUGGCAAUCGCCUGCCAAUAGCGAACAUUGGUUCUUUGUGUCGGAGUUGGCGAAGCAAUUACACCCUCACGGUUAUACCGUCACGCUGGUUUCAUAUCCCUUGGCCCCGAAUAGUGCCGCUCCGACAUCGUUUCCCGCCAUCAUGCGGCAGUAUCGCGCUCUGAUGGAAUUAGCAGAGGAGGAAGACGAAGAAGUGGUUCUAGCGGGGGAUUCUGCGGGCGGAAAUAUCGUUCUGGCAGUGUUAAUUCAGGCAUUGAUGGAGGAUGAACGCGAUGGGAUCGAGAGGCCGACGUGUACCAGUGUCAUGGCGAUUUCCCCUUCGACGGAUUUGACCCGCUCGAAUGCGGAUAUGCAUAGUAUUGCGAAGAAGGAUCCGAUCCUGCGGGUGCCGUUUGUGAUUGACACGGCGAAGAAGUGGUGUGGGGAGUGGAGUCCCCAGGACGUCCGAGUGAGUCCUCUCUACGCGGAUUUGCAAUGUAUACGGAAACGAGGCGUCAAAGUGCAUGGCGUGGUGGGAAGGUAUGAUAUUCUGAGUCCGGAUGCCAUUUUAUUUCGAGAGAAAUGCAACCAAGCUCGCAUUCAGGGCGAGUGGCUGGACUGGGACAAGCAGAUUCAUGUGUUCCCGUUGAUUUUUCGAUAUGGACUGCGCGAAGGUCACGCUGGCAAGGAUUGGGUCUUGGACGUUCUGAGGAGAACGUGAUGGAUGAUGGGAUUUUCCUCGUCUUCUGGCACUCUUACUACUUACUCAUCAAAAACAACACACGGCACCGCAGCUUACGGCACCGCAGCUUACUACAAGAUACGGGAGACGAACACUAGACUCAGCGGAUCGAGCAAGCUUCUAUAUCACGGUGACAAGGUCGCAACGUGAAAUCUGCUGGUCUUUAGACAAGUGAAAGGUGAUGGGAAUACAGAAUUAUGGUACCCGCCAGCAGGGGCGACGGGGUCUUGCAAUAAUCUACUGGUAUACCCGCAUGGCUCGCUCUCGAUCCAUUGCGCAACAAUCAGGAAUCGCGCGACGAUCGGGGGGACAUUGUACUUCGACACAGAUAGGCAUCGAGGUCAAAGUCCGACACAGCAGCCACGCCACGAACUUCUCCAGUUCCAGGAAAGCGACAGAGUUGUCGGCUGCUAUGGGCUUGGCUGAUGAUCUGCGUUGGGCUGGCAGAGGGGACGAGUUCUGUAUCAGCAUCAACACAGGCGCACGCUGCUGCUUUUGCCGCUACUUUACGCUUCGCCCACUCUGUAUCGCUAUACAUUGGAUCUGGCCACAUGUCGUCAGGCAGUCGACCGCCGUUGGCAUACCACUCCCUUAGCUCGGCCUUGAUCUUAGUAGACAGGGAGUGCAAGCUGCCGGCAACCGGGCGUUUCUCCGGAUCAUACGCGAGACACGCUUUCAAGAGAUUGCGUAUCUCGACAUCAUUCCCCAGAUUAGUAGUCAGAAUAUCGGCAUCAAUGUCGUGGUCCCUCUUGGCAUCGUAGUCGUCUAAGAAAAUUAGAGCAAACAGCGAAACUCCAAAUGCAU